UUCUUGCCAGCGCCUCCUCCCCGUUGAGGGCAGCGGAAGCCCGAGAGGCAGCGGCUGAAGAGAAGGCGGCGGCGGUGGUUGGAAGGAGAGAGCAAGAGGGCCACGAGGGCUGGGCUCUGGGGCCGAGGAUCCGGAAGCCCAGAGAGCACCAUGUCAAGCAGCAGAGUCCGAACAAAGAAAAAAACACUGGUGGUGGACCAGUCUAAUGAUAACCUUCCUCUGAGAAGUUCGGGAAGACAGGUAAGGAAGAAGGCUGCAGAGACUGUUGAAGAUGAUGAAGAUACAUCAGAGAAGAAGUAUCGGAAGUGUGAAAAAGCAGGAUGUACUGCAACAUGCCCAGUUUGCUUUGCCAGUGCUGCAGAAAGGUGUGCUAAAAAUGGAUAUACCUCAAGAUGGUAUCAUCUUUCCUGCGGAGAACACUUCUGUAAUGAGUGCUUUGAUCAUUACUACCGAAGCCAUAAGGAUGGCUAUGAGAAAUACACUGCCUGGAAAAGGAUUUGGACCAGCAAUGGAAAAAGUGAACCCAGCCCUAAAGCUUUUAUGGCUGACCAACAGCUCCCUUACUGGGUCCAGUGCACAAAGCCAGAGUGUGGGAAGUGGCGUCAGUUGACAAAGGAAAUCCAGCUUACCUCACAGAUGGCCGAAACCUACCGAUGUGGCACAAAACUGAACAAUUCCACCAAGGUAGAAGGAUCAGAUCAGUGCGCCAUGCCUGAGGAUCUGAGGGUUGCUGAGGUUUCCGAUCCCUGGUGGUAUUCCAUGCUCAUCCUCCCACCGUUGCUGAAGGACAGUGUGGCGGCUCCUUGGCUCUCAGCGUACUACCCAGACUGUGUGGGCAUGAGUCCUUCUUGUACAAGUACCCACCGUUUGAUAGGUGAAUCUAAUGCUGUGAAAAUGGAGCAUUUAAAGACUCCCCCUACUAUAGCUGGGAUGAACAAAUACUUCCAGCCUUUCUAUCAGCCAAAUGAAUGCGGCAAAGCCCUGUGUGUAAGGCCAGAUGUAAUGGAACUGGAUGAACUCUAUGAUUUUCCAGAAUAUUCACGAGACCCUACCAUGUACCUCGCACUGAGAAACCUCAUCCUGGCUCUGUGGUACACCAACUGCAAAGAACCUUUAACUCCUCAGAAGUGUACCCAUCACAUCAUUGUCCGUGGCCUUGUGCGCAUUCGCUGUGUCAGAGAAACAGAGCGCAUCCUUCAUUUUAUGACCAGGAAAGGUCUGAUUAAUACGGGGGUUUUGGCAGUCAAUCGAGACCAGCCUCUUCUUCCCAAGGACUACCACAAUAAAUCUGUAAUUGUGGUUGGGGCUGGUCCAGCAGGAAUAGCUGCUGCAAGGCAACUUCAGAACUUUGGCAUUAAGGUCACGGUACUUGAAGCAAAGGACAGAAUAGGAGGAAGAGUAUGGGAUGACAAGACUUUCAAGGGAGUGACUGUAGGAAAAGGAGCACAGAUUGUUAAUGGCUGCGUCAACAGUCCGGUAGCACUAAUGUGUGAGCAAAUGGGCAUCAAAAUGCAUAAAAUUGGAGAGAAAUGUGACCUGAUCCAGGAAGGAGGAAGGAUAACUGACCCCACCAUAGAUAAGCGGAUGGACUUCCAUUUCAAUUCUAUACUCGAUGUUGUUGCUGAUUGGCGAAAAGAUAAAAACCAGCAUCAGGAUAUUCCUCUUGGAGAUAAAAUCCAAGAGAUCUAUAAAGUUUUUAUUCAGGAAUCUGGUAUCCAGUUCAGUGAACUUGAGGAAAAAGUCCUUCAAUUUCAUAUUAGUAAUCUUGAAUAUGCAUGUGGCAGCAACCUCCAUGAGGUUUCAGCACGUUCUUGGGAUCACAAUGAAUUUUUUGCUCAGUUUGCUGGUGAUCAUACCCUCUUGAGCUCAGGAUACUCUGCUAUAAUUGAAAAAAUGGCUGAAGGCCUGGACAUUCGAUUAAAAGUUCCAGUCCGCAGUAUCAACUACUCAGGGGAUGAGGUCCAAGUGACUUCAACAGAUGGGACUUCGUGGACAGCGCAGAAGGUUUUAGUUGCUGUACCUCUGACUAUUCUUCACAAAGGUGCUAUUCAGUUUAACCCAGCCUUGUCUGAGAGGAAAAUGAAAGCUAUCAAUAGCUUAGGAGCAGGAGUCAUUGAAAAGAUUGCAUUACAGUUUCCUUAUAGAUUCUGGGACAGCAAGAUUCAAGGAGCAGACUACUUUGGCCAUAUUCCGCCUAAUUCCAACAAACGUGGACUCUUCAGUGUUUUCUACGACAUGGAUCCACAGCGUAAAUGUAGUGUUCUGAUGUCUGUAAUUACUGGUGAUGCCGUUGCAACUAUUAAGCAACUAGAUGAUAAACAAGUUGUACAGCAAUGCAUGGCUGUACUCCGAGAGCUAUUUAAGGAACAGGAUGUUCCUGACCCAAUCAAGUACUUUGUUACACGGUGGAACAAAGACCCUUGGAUCCAAAUGGCAUAUAGUUUUGUAAAGACAGGGGGAAGUGGUGAAGCUUAUGACAUCAUUGCUGAGGACAUACAAGGAAAGAUCUUCUUUGCUGGCGAGGCCACGAACAGACACUUUCCACAGACUGUUACUGGAGCGUAUUUGAGUGGUGUUCGAGAAGCAAGCAAAAUAACUGCAUCUUGAAUACUAAUUCAGAGUUUACAGAUUUUUUAUUUUAUUUUUGAUGACAACUUGCUACUGUUCAGACCCAACUUUCAGGAUUACUUUCCAUGAUGCAAUUGGUGCUUAAAUCUUUGCUACCUAAGAGACAAUCUCUUGAUGCUUUUGCGAGAAGUGGGUUUGUUAUUUCCCUCUUUUUUUGUUUUAACUUUUGAGAGGAUAAUGCUGGUUAAAGAUUGAUCAGUGCAACAUCUGAAGGAGCAAGUGCUUUUCAGCAGUGUUGGCCAACCACCUUCAGCUCUGGAUUUUUCUUUUUGUGGUGCAUUUGAGGAAGUUAAGUCUAUACUAUAAAAGACUGGGAUAUUGAAUUUUGAAAGUUGUGGAUUAUGAAUAGCACUUCUGUCAUCGAGGACAGAUGGAUAGGAAUUGUGCUGUGUGUUUCAGACCAUAUGUCUGAAACACAGCUGUUGGAGAAGCUGAAGUAUCGUCCUAGGGCUUUCGAUAGUAUCUAAUUUCUUUUAAACUUAUAAAUUCCUAUUUUGGGAAUUGUUCCUGUUGAAUUCAUCCACAGAAAUGUCAUAAAAGUCCUUCUUUUGCAUAUAUUAGGAUGUUUAGUAUCUGCUGGACAUCUGAAUGGAUUAGUAAAAAUGUCAGAUUUGAGACUUUCCAUUUAGUGCAGUGAGAUUUCUAAAUUAUGGAAACAAAGUUCAUAGAUCCAUAAUUGUCAUUUGUGGAAGCAUGAAGGUCAAGUUUUUAAACUGAAAAACAAGGUCAGAAGAUAGCUUUUGUGGCAAAUUAAAAUGACAUGGCAUCAUCCAGAGACAGUUAAGCAUUGCUUUUAAUGGUAGAAAAUAGAUGCUUUACAGCUUUUCUGCUGAAAAUAAUUGUACUUCAAAGUACUUCAUUCCCAGUGGUACAUUGGACUCUUAGUUGUAAAAACUAAGGACCACAUCACACUAGAGAAGGAAUCCACUUUAAAUCCGGUUGCUCCCUCCUGCAGAAUCCUGGGGUUUGUAGUUUAGGGAGGAGUCUUUAACAAUCUCACUAAACUACAAACCCCAGAAUUCUGCAGGAGGCAGAAACCGGAUUUAAAGUGGAUGUGAUGAAAUAGCAAGUCUCUGGUCAAAAUCCAGUUAAACAGUGUACUGUUAUUUAAACUUUACAUGGUUAAAGAUAUUCAUGUCUUCACACAGAUCUUCUAUUAUUUUACUUUUUUUCUCUCCUGAAGAACAACUUGAGAAUGGAAGCAUGGGCAGCAAUUCUGCAUUCCUUUCCAAAGAAACCCUCAGAAAAUCUUUAGUUUGAAAACUGUUCUCUUUUUUAUGUUUUGCUAUAAGAAACCAAAUAGGUAAUUUUUUAAAAAACAUAUAAAGCCCUAGUUGUUUUGUGUAUAUGAAAACUGUUUAGGAGAGGACAAUUUGAAAAGAGAAGAUGUGUUAUGAAACCCUCCAGGUUCCCUUUAAGCUGAACUGCUGAUAUUUACGCAAAUGUUGGAUAAGUGGAGUGUGGUCACAAACACUUUUAGUAAGAAAUGUGUACAAUGUGAAAAUGGGGCGGGUGGUGCUUAUUUUUCUGUAUUUCUUGUUGAAUGUGUCAAAUGAGAAAACAGUGAGAAUACUUGGUUAGGACAGGCUUACUGUUCCAUAUCUAAAAUUAUUCCCCUUUACAUUAAGCAUUCCUGCCUGUAUGUUGGCAAGCAAAUAAAAAUGAAACCAACCAAUGGAGAUUUCCACUAGAAAUCAAGGGGCUGCACUUGAGCUGAGAUUAUGUUGGCAUGGGUAUGUAAGCAUUUUUAGUCAUUAGCAUUAAGGCAACAUUGGGAGUCAUACUGUGAAACCUUUAAACUAUAAAUACCUGUAAAUCAUUGCAUUGUAAACAUGUUUAAAUAACAAAAGUACCUAUUGAUAACAGAAAGAAAAAUGUGUUCAAUUAUGGAAACUUCUUUUUUUACAUUUAUUUAAGACAUCUAAACUGUCAUUCAGGAAUACAGUGGGUUCAUUUUUAAGAUUUGAUCCCAAAGCAAUUUUUUUUAAAAAGAUUCUGAAACAAAGGUUUAAGAUGCUCAUUUUUCUAUUAUGUAUAUACAAUGAAUGCCUUUUAAAUCUAGGAAAAUAUUUUUAAAAGGCUUUUUUUUUGCAGUGGAGCAUGAUAUGUAAGGUGACUUAAAGACAAUGCAAUAAAAACUGGAACAUGUUUCUUCAA